CCCCUCCUCCGGGGACCCAACUACCCCUCUUGCAGGAGCCCGCCAGUCCUCUCCUGAUUAUGCUCCUAGCGCCCUCCCCUUCACGCCUGAUCCGCGGCGCGUCAUCGGUGAGGGGCGACACUACCCCUCCGAACUGGUAAAUACUAGCGCCCUCCCCCGCGGACCUCAUUCUGCUCUGAUCAGUGCUCUUGUGAUCAGUUUGUGUUUCGCUCGUUCCGUUCUUCUCUUUUGCUCAUUUACCGAUAUUCUCGUUCAUCUUCAACCAUGAAUUUCUACAACCUUCUCUUCGCCAUUGGUGCGUGCUGUUUUCCGACCGAACAAAUCCAGAUGUUCGAUGAACUACCUGUGGAACUCGUGAUCCAAAUCUUAAGCUUUUUGGAUCCCAAGUCACUGUCAAUUAUGUCAGGAAUGAACAAACGCCUGUUUCACAUUUGCAAGAACAAUAAAGGCCUAAGAACCACAAUCCGAAGAUACUUACGCAAAGAACGGAAGGAACAACUGAGGAGGAUGUUGAACCCUGUCAAAAUCAGGGUUGUCAGACAAGAAACCGCAAGUUUGGAUGAUGCUUUCCAAAAUCGAAAUGCCAGAAGAGAAGCUGUUGUCACUCGAAAUUUCGAGCCCACCGAUCUCAGAAGAGAAACCGCAAGCCCGGAUGUAGUAUUUCAACGCCAAAAUAGUCGAAGGGGACCUUAUGUCAGCUUCGAGUCCACUCAAGUUUUACCACCGAUGAAACGCUCGAUUGCUGCCGCCUCCAAGAAAAGAUCACGUGGUGGUCAGGAGAAGAACCCAGGACCGGGACUCGCCAAAAGGAUGCGGAUUUGAUCUGUUACCGCAACUUAGUUUUUAAGUUUACUCAUUUUGCGACUGUAAUUUUAUUCUGUAAAUAGUUGUUGUUUGUACAGUAUUGUUAAAUUUUAUUGUUGUUAUUUGUAAAUAUUUUUUUGUUAAAUAAAAUUGUAUGUCAACAAACACACUUGA